AUGGCGUCGGUGGCUAGAGUAGAUCUAGACGGCAACCCAAUAAAGCCGAUAACGAUAUGCAUGAUCGGAGCAGGAGGGUUCAUUGGGUCCCAUCUCUGCGAGAAGCUGAUGUCAGAGACCCCACACAAGGUUCUAGCUUUGGACGUCUAUAAUGACAAGAUCAAGCACCUUCUUGAGCCCGAAAACGCGCAUCCAUGGUCCGAUCGAAUCCAGUUCCACCGACUCAACAUCAAGCAAGACUCGCGCCUCGAAGGCCUCAUCAAGAUGGCAGAUCUGACCAUUAAUCUCGCCGCGAUUUGUACUCCGGCGGACUACAACACUCGCCCACUCGACACCAUCUACAGCAACUUCAUUGACGCUUUGCCUGUGGUGAAAUACUGUUCGGAAAACAACAAGCGGUUGAUUCACUUUUCUACUUGUGAAGUGUAUGGGAAAACCAUUGGAAGCUAUCUUCCUAAAGAUAGCCCUCUUCGUCAGGAUCCUGCAUAUUAUGUGCUUAAAGAAGAUGAAUCCCCCUGCAUUUUUGGCUCUAUUGAGAAGCAGAGAUGGUCUUAUGCAUGUGCAAAGCAAUUGAUCGAGAGGCUGAUUUAUGCUGAGGGUGCGGAAAAUGGUCUUGAGUUUACCAUUGUGAGACCCUUCAACUGGAUUGGACCUAGAAUGGAUUUCAUUCCUGGGAUUGACGGCCCAAGUGAGGGUGUUCCAAGAGUUCUAGCCUGCUUUAGUAAUAAUCUUCUUCGACAUGAGCCACUCAAGCUUGUAGAUGGUGGCCAAUCCCAGAGAACUUUUGUCUACAUAAGGGAUGCUAUUGAAGCUGUAUUGUUGAUGAUUGAAAAUCCUGCUAGGGCCAAUGGCCACAUUUUCAAUGUUGGCAACCCUAACAAUGAAGUUACUGUUAGGCAGCUUGGAGAAAUGAUGACUGAGGUCUAUGUUAAGGUAAGUGGUGAACCAAAACUGGAGACACCAACCAUUGAUGUAAGCUCUCAAGAAUUCUACGGAGUGGGAUAUGAUGAUAGCGACAAGAGAAUUCCUGACAUGACUAUUAUCAAUAAGCAGCUUGGCUGGAACCCGAAGACUUCGCUAUGGGACCUGCUUGAGUCAACCCUCACCUAUCAGCAUAGGACAUAUGCUGAAGCUGUCAAGAAGGCCAUCUCCCAAGCAUCUGCUACAAGCUAA